AAAUUUUGAAAAAAGGAGGAGGAAAUUUUUGUAAAAAAAUAUUGGAAGACGAACAAACUUUUUUGAAAUAUGGAUUCGCUGCUCCUAUCUUUAAAAUAAUUGUAGUCAUGGGUUUUGUUAGUGCUUAGUUGAAAACCAAAAUGGAGUGCGUAGAAGCAUUUCUCGGGGAUUUCUCCGUCGACGACCUCCUUGACUUCUCUAACGCCGACGCUUUCGAACGAGAAGAGUCAUCUUCGUCACAAAGAGAAGAAGACGAACAAAAACGAGAGAAAGCUAAAAGAUUUUCCGAACAAAAUACCUGCCUUUCACCGCUUGAAGAUCUCUUAUCUUUUCCCGGCUCCAAGCUUGACGUCCCAGUUGGCGAUUUAGAGGACCUAGAGUGGUUAUCCAACUUCGUGGAGGAUUCUCUCCCAGAAUCUUGUUUUUCCAGUGACAUUCCGGUGAAUCCAGCCGCGUCGGUGGAGGUUAAAAAACAGAGCGUACCCGUUAAACCACGAAGUAAACGCCGCCGCACUUAUGGCCAUAACUGGUCUCUGGAGUCGCCGUAUUCCUCCCAAUCCUUCGCCGGAAAGAAGGAGAGAGGGAGACAGAAGUCGGAGACUUCUUCCGGCGUCGGAGCUCAGCAGCAGCAGCCUAGGCGAUGCUGCAGCCAUUGUGGGGUCCAGAAAACGCCACAAUGGAGGAUAGGUCCGUUGGGUGCGAAGACUCUGUGUAAUGCUUGUGGGGUCCGGUUUAAGUCGGGUCGGCUUUUACCCGAAUAUAGACCCGCUUGCAGCCCGACAUUCUCCACCGAGUUUCACUCCAACUCCCACAGGAAAGUGUUGGAGCUGCGACUGAUGAAAACGGCGGAUCCGGGUCGAGUUUAACCCUUGAACCCGAGUUUUUUUAGUUUCCCAAAUUUAUGUCAUUAUUAUUAUAAUGUAGUCUUGUUAGACAUUAGGAAGUUAUUGUAAGAGAAUCGGAGAGAUCGUAGGUUGUUUCAGGUUCAAGAAUUUAAGCUAUAAUUAGCUAUUUUAAAAAAAGAUUCAUUUAA